UAUGCUCAGAUUUAGUAUCUUUUAAGCCAUAAAUAAUUUCCAAUGCAUACUUUACGCAGGGAAUGUGUAGAGCAUGUGAGUUCUGAUAUACUGCCUGUCAGAAUAACUGGAAAAGCUUAAUUUUAAAACUUCUUUAAAUAAAUGAAUUUAUCUUGCCAAUUUUAGCACAUGCAUUGCACAUACUGUACCAUUUGGUUGUACUGUAAAACAUGUAAGCUUUCUGGUUACACUAACACUGCUUUACCUAGGGGGUUACAUUACCAGUUUGACUUAUUACUGGCCCUGUUUGAAUUGUCAGACUAGUUGAUUGUCACAGGACACUGCUUCCUGCCUGAGAGAGAAUGACUUCCUCCAGUGUCCAUAGUAACGUCAUGUUUCUCAGCAACCCGGAGAGGCUUGUUUGUGUUCCCCCCUUCUAGAACUAUUACCUCGCAGUAUAAGAAAAAUGGCCCUUUGAAACAACGAACAAGGAAGUUCUGUAUUUAACCAUUCAGAAUAUUUAUUAAUUACUCUUCUGUGUUUUGACUGCUGAGACAAUGUACGAUGUCUUGAGCUGAGCCUUUCCUGUGUAUUACCGUGAACAGCAUUAAUUUAAAAGCAAAAUAGUUGUGUCUUGAAAUCAUCUUUUAACUACUGUAAAACUACUGAACUGCUUCCACAAUACCUUACGACUUCCAGGCCUUUGGUAGGUAAUAGAGAAAGGUUACUCAUUUCGUGUUCAAUUGAACAUGAAGAUUUUUCACUGAGCCAUACAUAAUGCUUCUGGAACCUCAUAACUGUUCCAUUGUGCCCUGUGUUGCUAAAGGAAGUCCAGUGGCAUCUGCCUAUUAUAAGCCUCUCUGUUAUGGACCCAGACCAGCAAGAAGCUCUAAAUGACAUUCAGAAUUCUGUCUAUAGAACAGCCCUGAAACUACGCUCAGUGCAAACCUUGUGCCAGUUGGGUUUGACUGAUGUCUCCCUGAUUCAGCACAUCCUGCCGAGCCACCAGUGUCAGAGGGAGAAGCAGAGCUCCCUGACAACACAGCAGCUAUCACAGUUGCUGAAGGCGCUAUUCCAGAAUGCCAGAUUAGAUAAACCAGGCCAGGUAGAGCCACAAGCCCCUGAGCUCACCCAGAACCUGCUAACUGCCAUGUAUGACAGGACUGGAACAGGUUUUAUCAAAGCCAGAUCGGCCGCAGCUGCCCUAAUUGCUCUCUCAGGAGACAGUCUGCUUACUAAAUACAAAGCUUUGUUUCAACUCUAUGCUGACCCCAAUGGGAGGGGGACCCUGAUCACUCGGAGUGCCGUGAGGAGUCUGCUGACAGACUUACAUCAGAUCCCAGCCAUUGUGGGGGAAAGCUGUGCUCCUUCUUGUGUGGAAAUUGCUAUUCGAAGCUGCUUCCAUGGGGUUCUGAACUCAGCAAUCAGUGAAGAGAAAUUCCUAUCUUGGCUACAAUCUGAACCUGGCCUUCUCCUGUGGCUUCCUACCUGUUAUAGAUUAUCAGCCACUGAAAUGGUUAUGCAUCACGUUAGAUGUAGCAUCUGUAAGAAUUUCCCCAUCACUGGACUAAGGUAUCGCUGUCUGAAGUGCCUGAAUUUUGAUCUUUGCCAAGUCUGCUUCUUCACUGAGCGUCAGAGCAAACCACACAAGAGGUCACAUCCUGUGAUGGAGUACUGUGUGAAGCAGAUGUCAGCAAAGGAGAAUGCAAAGAUCUUUUUUCGCACUGUCAGAAACAACCUGCUUCAAGAGCGCUGCAGAAGAAAGGAGGCUCGGAGAAGGCAGACACUGGAAAUGAUGGAGGGAGGGGACUUCCCAGAACAUGAGCAAGCACCGCCCUCUAUAGAGCUCAGCACCUCCACACAGCCUGCCCAUCGUUACCUAUCCUCCCCAGCAUACAGACUGGCCCCAGCGUUAUCCAAGCACUUAGCUGAAAAGGGGUCUCCAGUACAGCAGAUUGAGAAUGACAACAGGGCACCAGCACAAGACAAGACAUCAGCACAGUCUCUGUUGCCUGGCAGGUACCUGAGAAAGCAGUUAAACAAAUGGAAAGACAAAGUGCUGCUCCUCCACAACUCCCAGGAAGACAAAAGCUGCAGACUAGAAGCAAAGCUCCAAGCCCUGAUAGCAAACCAUGAGUGUGUGCAGGCGGAGCUGCAGCAAAUGAGGCAGGAAAUAAAGGCAAUGUUACAACCACCAAACUAUCCUUCAUUUGUAUUGUGUCAAAAUAUGAUGCCAAAAAGUGAAGACCCCUGGGAGGAAAGAAAGCUUCACAGUGGAUCAGAUUCAGCUCUGGCAAAACCCACCCCGACUAGCUAUACUGAGUGGAAAUCCCUGGAUCCCUCCUCAGCUGCAGAAAAAAGGCAGCUAUUACAGACUCAGACUGAUCCAGUUGCAAUGAACCUGAGAUCAUCAGGUACCACUUUAGGGUCGAUAUUCCUGCAGAAUGGCAACCCCCUAAUGAGACAGCAUGAAACAUCAAAAGAGAAGGGAAUUCCUCAGACAGAUCAGGAGGGGAUAUCACAACCUGAAAGGACCGGGAACCUUCCCCAGGGAAUUAUGACCACAGCUUCUAGUCCCACUGCUGCAGAAGUGCCAUUUAAUGAGAAGGAGGUGAAUGAAGAGAAGGAACUGCAGCAGCUAGUGCUGAAGCUGGAGGAUGCAUUAUCUCUCCAACUGCAACCAGCUCAGCAGUCUGCUAUAAAGCAGGAGUUGGUCUCCACAGCUGAGCAUGUUUGCAGGUCCUUCUCUGACCUCAUCAACCACGUGACUUUGCCUGCUUGGAAGAAAUAGGAUGCCAGUAUUAGCCUUACUACUUCAUCCCACUGUUGCCCAGGUAAUUACAGCCAUGUGUCAUCUCUAAAGUUGGUCAGAUAUUGAACUGUAAUAAUCUAACAUAAUCGAGUUCUGACUCUGGGGUCUUUACCAGAGUCUUCUGUGGUGUUAGAGAAGGAAUUCUCCCUUAUAUUAGUACCAUGUAUUCCUAGCCUAUUCCUAAUCUGAAGAAAAUAUAGGGCCAGAUCUUGGCCAAUGCAUAUCAAUAUAGUUCUGUUGACUUCAGUGAGGCUAUGCUAACAUACACAGCUAAUGAUCUGGCCCAUACUAUCCUCUCAUUACUAUAAUACCUGAUAAUUGCUUGUGUUUCAGGAAACAAGAGGAUUUUUUUCCCCACACGCACACAUGGAGAUGGCUUUAGCUAACCAAUCUCAUUGAUAAGUUGUCUGACAUUGUAUCAUAGUUCAAGAAGCAAUGAAUAGAAGGAGUAAAUCUUUAGUUGUCUUCUCCAAGUUGUCCAUUGUCUCCAACAUCUGACAGUCAUUUUACUAAAUUAGCAACUAAAUUGGUGAGAAGGAAGAGCUGUGAACAAUUAGAGGCAUUUUAUUGCUUUAGAAGCCCCAUAUAUAUGGAAUUAUUAAAGAGCUUAAUAUUACUUGAAGGACUUACAACAUCAGAAAAGAAAUUUUUGUUUUUCUUUUGUUGCUAGCACAGGGUAUUCACAGAGUCAGCUGAAAACAAAUUAUGAAAACAUUUCCAACACAGCACUGAAAAUAUUUAAGGAUGGUGUUUCUAUCUGGAAGGUUUGCAUGCCGAUGAGAGAUAUUGGAAUUCUUAUAAGUGUUUAGAUGGUUAUUUAGGUUGUUGCUGGCUGAGCACCAGAUCCUGUGCCCAUUGAAGCCAACGGCAAAGCUUCUAUUGACUCAGCAGUGCAAGUUUUCAGCCUUGGAUGCUUUGGGGGAUAAUCUGGGAUUUGGAGGGGAGUAAGAUAGUGGACAAAAAGUGAAUAUAUUAUUCUUCAAUGAUUCAUCUAUAAGAUGUGCCACAUUCCACUUUCUCUCCUUCUGGUACGUAGGUGAGAGAUCUGGAAGGAAAGGGCUGAGCUCACACUUAGAAGAAAAGCCACUUGCACUAUAUGCUAUUCUUUAAUGCCCUGGCCGUGGGCCUGAUUCUCCAUGGUUACAUCUGUUUUACACCAAUAUAACUCCCCGAUUUCAAUGGAGUUCUAUUGACAUAAAUUGAGGUAACAGAAGAGAGUCACGCCCAUGACAGUGUUGCUCUGGAAUAGCAAUGCUGAAGAUUGAGACAAUGGUGAGUAGGCUAGGCAGUCAUUUGGACUAUUAAUUGUGGUGGGUUUUUUUGAUAUUUUUGUGGGUAACUGUGACCAAAAGCAUCCCUGUGUUCACACUCUACACACUGUUGUAAUCUUUGUAUGAAAUAUGCCUUGUGAGAUUUCAUUUGAAAAUAAUAAAUAACUUGCUGGUCAA